CUUUUUUUCAGGAAAACAUCUUUGUCACAGAGAGAAGGAAAAAAAGUGGAAAAGCAACAGAUCCGAGGGGCGUUUUAUGCUGUCGAAUAGAAUCGGAAUCGUCUCUCAGGAUAAGUUGUGUUGAAGGGGAUGCUGGGGGUGUCAGAGAUGACGGGCAGCAACAUGGCCAAUGCCCUGGCAAACGCCGCGUGCGAACGGUGUAAAAGCGGAUUUGCCCCAGCGGAGAAGAUCGUCAACAGCAACGGUGAGCUGUAUCACGAACAGUGCUUCGUCUGUGCCCAGUGUUUCCAGCAGUUUCCUGAAGGGCUCUUUUAUGAGUUUGAGGGAAGGAAAUACUGUGAGCAUGAUUUCCAGAUGUUGUUUGCUCCCUGUUGUCACCAGUGUGGAGAGUUUAUAAUUGGGCGUGUGAUUAAGGCCAUGAAUAACAGCUGGCACCCUGACUGUUUCUGCUGUGAUAUCUGCCAAGCCGUGCUCGCCGAUGUUGGAUUCGUCAAGAAUGCCGGCCGCCAUCUCUGCCGUCCGUGUCAUAACCGUGAGAAAGCUCGGGGCCUCGGGAAGUACAUCUGUCAGAAGUGUCAUGCCAUCAUCGAGGAACAGCCCCUCAUCUUCAAAAAUGACCCCUACCAUCCAGACCACUUCAACUGCAGUAACUGCGGUAAGGAGCUGACCGCGGAUGCUCGUGAGCUAAAAGGGGAACUCUACUGCCUCCCCUGCCAUGAUAAGAUGGGCGUGCCGAUCUGCGGAGCCUGCAGGCGUCCUAUCGAGGGCCGUGUGGUCAACGCCAUGGGCAAACAGUGGCAUGUUGAGCAUUUUGUCUGUGCCAAGUGCGAGAAGCCUUUCCUGGGACAUCGUCAUUACGAGAGAAAAGGACUUGCUUACUGCGAGACUCACUACAACCAGCUGUUUGGUGAUGUUUGUUACCAUUGCAACCGUGUGAUCGAAGGAGACGUGGUGUCAGCUCUAAAUAAGGCUUGGUGUGUGAAUUGCUUCUCGUGCUCGACUUGUAACACCAAGCUCACCCUCAAGGACAGGUUUGUGGAAGUGGACCUGAAGCCAGUGUGUAAACACUGUUACGAACGCCUGCCGGAAGAGCUGAAGCGGCGUUUGGCUAAACGUGAACGCGAUUCUCGCGAACGGCGAAAGAAAGUCAUCGCCGUCUGAACAAGUUUGUGGAGUUUGACAUGAAGCCGGUGUGUAAGAAAUGUUACGAGAAGUUUCCUCUGGAGCUGAAGAAGAGACUUAAGAAGCUGGCGGAGACUGUGGGCCGCAAGUAGAUCUCCCCGCCCACAGGGGGAGCCAAAGGAUGGUCAAUAUUACAUCUAUGGUGCUUAAAGAAUGAACAGAGACCAAACUAAAUCUGGACUACUUAUGAUCUUGGAUUAGUCGUCACUUGUGUCUUACUAUGUUGUCGUAAACUUUACAUUUAUUUUUCUGUGACAGAAAGUAGCCAGCAGAUUUUCUUUGGUCUUACAUCAACAGAUUUUCUUGUGUCUUAACACACUGCAACCAAAACCAAACAAAUACUUUUAUAUUGUUUAUUGAUAUAUAUGUACUUGCAUGUUUAUAAAGAUAAUGCUAGUUUGUAUUCACGCUGUUCAGAGUAAUUAUUCAGCACAUUGUUGCUUCAUAUGCAAUGCCACAGCUUUUUCUCAAGGCUGAACCACUUUCUGUGUCUGACCUUUGAUGUAUUGAUCUGAGAGUUGUAUUUGAUAUUUCAUGCAUGCUCAAGCCUCACGUUUUUCUGUCAGACGGGAUCAAAAGUUAAUGCAUGAUGUAAUGAGCCUGGAGGAACAUGGCAAGCUCUACACUCUUCGCUCGACUGAAAGUGCUUAAAUGAUCUAGCUUUAUUAAGGCCUUCACUGUGUUCUCGAAAUAUGCAAUAUAUUAGACCACUUAUAUAUCUUCUGAGAGGUGUAUGAGGAGAGAGGUUUAUGUUGACUGUCUUGCAUCAUAACAUCUUCGUCUUUUUCAUUUUGUUUUAAAAGUUUCGUUUUAUGACAUGCCUGUCUUAUUGUUCUGGAGAAAAAUGCCUUUGAUGAUAUCUAAAUUUAAUGAACUUGUGCCUUGUGUAUUGUUUAUCUCCAUUGACACCAAUUACUUAUGAUUUCUGUAACAAUUGACUGAACUUAAACAUGGUUAGGCUCUCCUUGAUUUCAUAAUCUGUUUUUAAGAAUGAAAUACAUUUUAAAAUUUUAAGUUUUAACUUCACUGCAUUUCUACUUAGAUUAAUUCACAUUAUUAUAUUUUGUUUAUUAUACAUUUAGCUAUUUGCUAGGGUUUCUUUUUUUUUUUACAGUCGGACAUUUCAUUGUAAUUUACAGACAUUUUUAAAGUGAUAGCAAACUAUUUAAUGGCAGUCUGCAUUCAUUGAAUGUUGCAUUUUGGCAAAAUAUGUAUUACUAUGCUUUUAAAUAAUGAACCCCACUAUGUUCUGUAUGAAACAUCAAAAUGUAUUUAUAAAGUAUGCACUAUUUCUGA